GUGGUAAGGUAAGAAAAGCCGUUUUGUGCGCGUAUUUUUGGACUUCGUCUUUAGGACUCCGAAAAGGCCACUUCUUCUUUUUCAUUUUUCUUCUCCCUCCCUCCGAUCUUGCAGUUUCUUUUCACUCACAAAAAUUCACUCCUCAAGAUUCAGUUGGAGAUGGAGGCCAACGAAUUCGAUCAUCGCCAACAGAAUUUCUGAUCAGAAUCUGUUUCUACACUGCAGCGAAGUGAGUGUGCGAUUUGCCGAUCCGGUACGCGCUUAAUUUGGAGUCAUCAUUUUCCCUGGAAGAGGGAAAAGCGGGAAAAGUUUUCCGAGUAGUGAGAAUUUGUAAUAUACACUUUGAUUUCAUGGAAAGCUUAAUUGCGUUCACCGUUUUUUGCGCUUUUUGAACUUCUGUUUUAGAACAAACGUAGAUUCUUAUUUAGCUUGGUACUGAUUUAGAGAGAGAGGUUUUAGCGAUGGAGUCUUUGUUGCUUGUUUCGAAGCGGCCACCGAUUAAGCGGAGAGCGGGUUUACGGAUUAAACAGGCGGGGAGAGGAUCGUAUCGCGGUAGUUAGGGAACGGUUUUUCUGCAAUAAUUUGGGUUUAUAUUUUUCUCUUUUUUUGUCCUACAAAAAUUUGGUAGUUUGUGAUCUCGAAAGCUUAGCAUAUGGAGAGUAGUCCUUUGAGGCAGUUUUUGAUAAGCCUUUGCAACAACACUCACUGGAAGUAUGCUGUGUUCUGGAAGCUCCAGCACCAGACUCCUCCGAUUUUGACGUGGGAGGACGCAUACUGUGAUAAUGCAAAACCGGCAGAAGAUUUGGGAAGUGCAUCAGAUGAUAGCCAUGUAAACAGAUCAAAGCCAAUAUCCUUUCAAAGCCGUGAAACAAGUAUGCAGGAUAUUGGAUCUGAAGGAUGUCAAAUUGAACUUUUGGUGGCCAACAUGUCAUGUGUUCAAUAUGCCUUGGGAGAUGGGUUGGUAGGUGACGUGGCAUGCACAGGGAAGCACACGUGGGUUUUCUUCAACAAUUUCUUUACCAGAGAAUUUGACAGCAACUUAGUUCCUGAUUGGACGGAUGAGUGGCUUCUUCAGAUUGCUAUGGGUAUCAAGACAAUUUUGCUUGUACCUCUACUUCCAGAUGGGGUUUUGCAGCUCGGCUCAUUGGAGAUGGUUGCUGAAGAUCUUUCUGUUGUUGGUUUCAUCAAAGAAAGAUUCGAUGCCUAUCACAGUAUGAUGAGUUCAACUAUACCAUUCACGAUAAUGAUGAAUCCUGUAGAUCAUUCAUCAUUAUCACCCCUAUCUAGCACUGUGGAGAGCUUAAAUGAACCUACACGUCUGAUCACUAGCCGCGUAAAGUCUGAGAAAUUGGAGGAUUUCGACUGCAAUACACUGAAUGAAAGGAGGUUGUCAACUUCAAAACAGUCCAUCCCAGUGCAAACUGUGCAAGAUAUGCUUGUUGUGCCUAAAAAUGAUGCAGUGGAUGUUUUCAAGAGUACAAGUAAAAACGAGAUUGGUUUUCCUGAAGAAUCAGCUAUUCCAAGUCUAUCUUUUGAUGUAAAUAGUCUGGACAUGGCUGAGGCUGAGAUGUUUGGAUUUUCUUGUCUGGAAGAAGAACUUUUGGCCUAUUCUUUAUCUAGUGGUCAAGAUGUGGAACUCUUUGAAAACUCCCUAAAUGGAGUUACUCCUUGCACUGCUGGAGAAAUGGCUGCACAACUAUUUGGAGAUGAUUAUAUAAAUAAUGGCUAUUGCAAAAGCAUGACCAGUUUUUCCAGAUUUCCCGAAGACAGCGAACUACACAGAGCACUUGGACCAUCUUUUCAGGAAAGGAAUACGUAUGAACAUUUUUGGGACUCGUCUUUCUUGAUUGAGGAUGCACGUACUAAUAGACCAAGUGCAUUCUGCAAUAGAGAGCUUUUGGACGUCAUUGAACCAUCAUGGUUUGGUGGAAGUGGUGACAAGGAUUAUUUGUUGGAAGCUGUUGUAACCGACUUAUGUUGCAGCUCAGAUGAUGUACUGUCUAGCCUGUCCGACAAUGUCCCUUCAUAUGUGACCUCAUCAAGACAGUCCACUUUUUCUCAACCACAAGUGCAAUCCAAAGCAGGUCCAAGGAUGCAAAAUUGUUCAAUUCAAAGCAACCUUGCCAAACCUUCGUUUCUUCCCAGGGUUGAUAGUUUGACUUCUCUUGAUGGCAUGACUAGCACAUUGACUAACGAAGGGCGGCAGGUGAAAGUUCAAGGUCCUGUGCAGUCUAGUAAACAGAAAAGGCCGCCGAAUACGAAAACAAGGAGAACAAGGAAUGGCAGUACCCAAAAGUCAAGACCCAGGGAUAGACAGCUAAUCCAGGAUAGGGUUAAGGAACUGCGGGAACUUGUCCCGAAUGGUGCCAAGUGUAGCAUUGAUGGCCUCUUAGAUCAGACUAUAAAGCACAUGCUGUAUUUAGAAAGUGUUGCUGGCCAAGCUAAGAAAUUGAAGGGGCAUCUGCUGCGGGAGGCUGCCAGUGGCAGGAAUCGAAGAUCAACUGCAACUUGCAAUACUUUGCAAAAUGGGACGAGCUGGGCGUUUGAAUUUGGCAGCGUGCAGCAAGCUUGUCCAAUAGUUGUCGAAGACCUCGGGAACACGGGACACAUGCUUAUUGAGGUACUAUGUGAUGAUCAUGGACUUUUUCUGGACAUCGCACAACUGAUUAGACGACUUGAUUUGACCGUCUUGAAGGGUGUGAUGGAAAACCGAUCGAGUAACACAUGGGCUCAUUUCGUUGUUGAGGCUACCAAAGGCUUCCACAGAAUGGAGAUAUUCUGGCCUCUGCUACAUCUUCUGCAGCGCAAGAAAAAUCGAAUCUCGAGCAAGAUCUGAUUCGUCAAAGCGAAGUAUGAUGUGGUUGAGCAAUAUCGCUCUAAUGCAACACUUUACGAUACAAGUAGAGGAUUUUAUUGUGUACAGUUGAGAUCAUGCAAUGUGGACUGAGACUAGCUCCUAAAAGAAUGAA